CCCAAAGAGAGAGAUGAAAGAGAAGCCAUGAGGCAGCGUGCUGUGGUUGAUCAUGAAGGUUGUGGCGAUGUGUGAUCAAGAUGGCUGUCUGUGAAUGUGGCUAGUUCAUUGUUGUUCGUAGCAGAGGUGGGUGAUGAGGAGACGGUGGUGUAUGAUUGUGGUGCUGGCGACGACAACGUGUGUUGAAGAUGGAGGUGGCGUGCGGUAGAGAUGGAAGUGAUAGCGACAUACACCCAUGGUGGAAAGCUCGUCGGAGGCUAUGUUGUGGUGGAUCUGAAAACAUGGAGAAGAUGAGGAGGAGGAGGCAGAGGGAAGGAAGGGGAUCUUGGAGAAAAUGAAGGCUGAGGAACUGAAGGGAUGAAACCGUUGGGUUAUGAAGAGAAUCUGUCAUGGCUCUCUCCUUGGAUCUGCAGGAUUUCAUUCUCCGUGCUCGGGUGCUGAAGCUGUACAGGUUGGCACUGAGGACUGCUAGAAGAGCUCCAGAUCAUUCGAGAGCUGAACUGACACAGACGAUUAGACAAGAGAUGGAGAAUAAUCGGAAUUGCCGUGACAAGCAGAGGAUUCGUUUCUUGAUUAGCGAAGGAUUGGGAAAAUUGAAAGGUUUGGAUGAGAUGCUUGAUAUGCAAGGUCAUUGAUAAUGUAAUGUAAUGGGAUUUUAUCUAAAAUAUGUUAUGAGAAUUUUGCCCUUUUCCGAAAUCUUGUUGAAGAUGAAUAUUUAUCACAAAUUCAACCGCAACAAUUCAUGUAAAGUUGUACCAAAAGAUACAUUUGUUAUUCAUAGUUACAACCAAAAAACAAGGUCAAUUCCUUAGCAAAUA